GCCUCAGAGUCGCUGGUAUAAGCCUUCCAUGGAUGGUUAUACUAGUACUGCAGCCGGGUUCAUCUGUGGCAACACCACACUUGAGAAUCUGGUCCCUGAAUGUAAACCUGUCACACCCUCCAAAAAUGGGACCUGUUAUCAGGUCCUCCAUGUUUAAGUAAAAUUGUCACAAUUUAAACAGUCACUUUCCUAGCAGUAAGCUGCAGUUAUCAGGCCAGCAGUUUGUUUACAAUCUGUCAUAGAAUCUCAGGUCUGUAAAUGGCACAAUCCUUCAACUAUUUCACGGGGCUGAUGAGAGGUGUAGUUAGUAAAAAGCUAUUCUGCUCUGAAAUGUGAGUCUCUAAACAAAAUUGCAUUGCAUGUGUCCAUGAUCAUCUGUCCCCAAUUUUUUUUUUGUCAAAUGUGGUCAGUUUACACAUAAAGAGAGAAGUUUGUUUUAUUUUCCUAACUGCAGUCCUGCAAACUCAGCUUGGGAUCUGAAAGUCAGUUGGGUCCUCUUUGUCAUGCAUCAUCACCUGUAAAAGGUUCAGCAGCUCAAAUUAUCCUCUCUGCUCUGUGUAAUCCCCUUGCCUUCACUGGCCUCUCACAGGUGCAACUGGCCUUGUAAUUGGAAUUUAAUAGAUGAUCUGAUGCCCAAAAAAGUAUAGAAUUCAGUUUGAUUGAUCGAUUUUGGCUUUGCAAUGGUAUUGUCAGUAAUUAAUAGUUUUGUUUUGUUUUUUAAGGCCAGAAGCAACUGGUAUGAUAAUCUACUCUGACCAUAUGCAUAACAGGCCAUAGAACCACACCCAUCAAUUUUGGCAUCCAGCCCAUAACUUCUCUUUGAGCUAUAGCAUUUCUUUUAAAAAGAUGUCCAGUCUCAAUGUAAAGGCUUCAGGUAAUAGAGAAUCCACCAUAGCCCCAGGAGCAAUGACAUCACCCAGCCUCCUGGAUGCGAAGAGACAAAGGCGAGAGGCAGCUGCAGAAGGAGGCGGCUGCUGCUGCUGCAGAGAUCACCACGGAGACCCAGCACCGCUGCUCCAUCCCCUCCUGGCCCGCCGCUGAGCUGAGCGCGCCGGCUGGCUCCAAGCAGCCCUUGCCCAUGCAGACUGCCCCGGCGAGCGGCGGGGGGAAAGGGAGCAGCAGGCAACGCGCAGCAUGCACUGGGGUGUUGGUUUUGCCUCCUCCAGGUCCUGUGUGGUUGAGCUGAGCCGGAAUCAGAGCCUCACCCUCGGCUGGUGUGCAGGGUCCGAAGAGCACUUCUCCUUUUAUGGGGACAUCAUCGCUUUCCCUUGGCAGGAUUACGGUGGGAUCAUGGCAGGGCUGGGUUCUGAUUCGUGGUGGAAGAAAACCCUUUAUUUGACUGGGGGAGCCCUGCUCGCUGCCGCGGCGUAUCUGCUACAUGAACUCCUGGCAAUUAGGAAAGAGCAAGAGGUUGAUUCCAAAGAUGCUAUUAUACUGCAUCAAUUUUCAAGACCUAACAAUGGUGUUCCCAGUUUAUCUCCUUUUUGUUUGAAAAUGGAAACUUAUUUAAGGAUGGCUGAUUUACCCUACCAGAACUAUUUUGAUGGAAAACUUUCCCCUCAAGGGAAAAUGCCCUGGAUUGAAUACAAUCGCAAAAAAGUAUCUGGCACUGAGUUCAUUAUUGACUUUUUGGAAGAGAAACUCGGAGUGAAUUUAAAUAAAAACCUUGGUCCACAUGAAAGAGCUGUUUCCAGAGCAGUGACAAAAAUGGUGGAGGAGCACUUCUAUUGGACAUUAGCUUAUUGCCAGUGGGUGGACAAUCUCCACGAGACCCAGAAGAUGCUUUCAUGCCGUGGCCCCUUUAGUGACCUGCUGAAGUGGAUUCUGUGCCACCUAACAAAAGGAAUUGUGAAACGAGAAAUGUACGGCCAUGGCAUCGGCCGCUUCUCGGAGGAAGAGAUAUACCAGCUGAUGGAGAAAGACAUGCGGUCACUAGCAGGUCUCUUGGGUGACAAGAAGUACAUCAUGGGACCAAAGCUUUCCACUCUCGAUGCCACUGUCUUUGGGCACCUGGCUCAAGCAAUGUGGACAUUACCAGGGACUAGACCUGAGAGACUAAUCAAAGGUGAACUGAUUAACCUUGCUAUGUACUGUGAAAGAAUAAGGAGGAAAUUCUGGCCAGAGUGGCACCAGGACGACGAUAACACCUUGUACGAAUCUGAGGAAAGUAGUGAAGCUAGCAAGACUCACACCCCAUUGCAGGACUUCAGCUUUUAUUCAAGGACAGAAACAUUUGAUGAGGAGGGGACAGAGAACAGUAUUUCCCAAACCCCUGAUACGGAUUAUACUGGACACUCUCUCUUUGAUUCUGAUGUGGACAUGGAUGACUAUACAGAUCACGCACAAUGCAAGUGAUGUAUCCAAGCACUUCUCCGUUUGUGUCAGAAAUGCCACUUCUUGGGACCAGUCCAACUUUCCCACGUUCAUGCCAGUGUGGAAGAGAUCAUUGUGCUUGACACAUUUCACAUGCUACCUGGACUAUUUCACCCUUAUUUCAUUUUGUAAAUCCAUUCAGAUGGAGCCUAGGUUAAACAAUUAGAACAAAAAUAGGCAAACAAGAGAUCCAUAGGGUAGAAGGAUCUUAGGCCUACAUAUUGCUCCCACUGAAAACAGAUUCCAAAAUAAUGUGAGUAAACCUACCACAGGUGGAGAAGAGAGGUCACGAGAGCUGCUUACUGUUGAGUUUUUCAUCUUCACAGUGGGGGGUUGACAGAAAGGGAAAAGGGUUUAUUGGAAUUCCCCUCUCCCUCCUUGGUAAGCAGUGAUUGCACUGUAUUAAUGCAACAGGAUGCCAGGGCAACUUUACUCAACAGCUUCUUGCACUCUGAGUGUGUACACUACGCAUGAGUGUGUAUUUGAGAGGAGUAGGGGUUUGGUCUCCAGUGCUUUCACAGAUUGUCCAUCAAUAAAGGCAAGAAGAAAAUGUGCUCAUGCAAAAAGCAACAUUUUAUAAUUCCUAUUCUGUACAAUAGCUUGAAAUCUUUCAGUUUUAUAACUUUUUUUUAGUUGAAAGGAAGACUUCAAAGUAUUUUAAAUUAUUAUCUAACAAUCCCCUAGAAGAUUGUUUAGGAGUCUUGGCUAAACCCCAUCUCAGGUAUAUAUACUCUGCCCGUCCAAAUUCCCUUUGCAGUUUCAAUUAUGUCAAGUGUUCUUUCCACUUCCUGCUGCGAACUGUUGUUUGGUCUUGCUAGAUACUGUAAAGUUAAACACCUAGAGUGCACCUCCCCAGAGUCAACUGCACUGCAGUGCUGGACACUUCAGUCUCUAUAGAAGGGAUCAGCAACCUUUGGCACGCAGCC